AUGCACAUUUCAAGACCAAAACAAGAACCUUACGUCAUCUUCGUGCCAAUAUUUCGUGACAAAGAAAUUAUGCCCAUCACAGAUCACACAGGAAGGAAGAUCAUGCUUGUGAGGUGGAGGAACGUCAUGGACGUCGAUGUCGACUCCUCUGCAAGGUGCAAGCUGAUCACGCUGAUAGACAUCGGGGGGUUGGAUGGAAGCUACAAGGGGCAAGUCGCGACCGAAGUGACGCUCGGCUCCCACGCUCGCAGCCGCCUCAGCAACCAUUUCGACAUCCACUGGGCGACGGUGAAGACGAAGCUGCAGGUGCGAGGGAAAGGGGUCGCGUCCACCAAGACCGUGCCGAAGAAUCUGCACGGGAUGGAUGUGACGCCAGUCUCCAAGUUCAAGGUCGUCCCAACCUUCCAGGAGUACGUCAUGAGCAACUCAGGCGCCAAAGGAAAGAUGGUUCGAUCCUUCAGCCUCAGGCACAAGUUGGCCGACGAGGACGCGAUGAUGGGGUGCAUCACUCUGGGUCCCCGCGAGAGCACCUGGGUGAGGGUAGAGGUGAUGCCUGGACAAGACGCUCUUCGUCUGAUACAGGCUGCGGUUGGACUUUCCGAGUCACAACGACUCGCUCCGCUCCCUGGCUCGCACACCUGGAUGGACGGCAAACGAACUUCCAAACAUCUUUUGCCAGACACGUUUGAUAACAACUACAGCAGCUGAUGCUGCUGCUUAACUGC